AUGGUUCCCCUUAUACUUCUCGGCCUGGCCGCGGUUGUCGCAGGCUCGAAACCACUCCCCACCGCGAUAAUUGACUCCGGCGCCAUCGUCGGAACAACCACAACUCUGCCCUCGUCGACUGCCGUUGUAAAUAAAUACCUGGGAGUCCCUUUCGGCAAACCGCCUGUUCGAUUCAGUCCACCAGAGCCCGUUGGCCGCUGGUCCACCUACUAUAACGCGACAAAAUGGGGGCCAGCUUGCAUUCAAGAAACAGGCCCGGCAGUUGAUUUUCUUUUUAACCUGCUGGACAUGCCACCCCCGCUGGGUGGAGAGGAUGAGGAUUGCCUUAAUCUCAAUGUUUUCACACCAGCGGAUGCGUCGGCUGGCUCAAAGGCUGUUCUUGUCUGGUUGUACGGGGGCGCUUUUCGUAAUGGUGCAUCUGCGGAGCCCCAGUACGAUGGAUCGAGUUUCGCGGCCAACCAGGAUGUAGUGGUGGUUACCAUUAACUACCGCACUAACGUUUUUGGAUUCCCCGCUGAUGAAAGUAUUCCAUUGAAGGAAAGGAACUUAGGCCUGCUGGACCAAAGACUUGCCCUUGAAUGGGUAACUCGAAACAUUGCUGGCCUUGGCGGUGACCCAUCCAAGGUAACUAUCGUGGGAGAGAGCGCUGGAGCAACCAGCGUCGAUGCGCUUGUUGUUACUCCCCCCGAACCAGUACCCUUCCGUGCAGCCAUCAUGGAAUCAGGCCAAACAUCCGUCCAGACCUCGUUCGAUACGACGGUCAAGAGCUGCGAGCAGUCCUGGCAGAAGCUUCUCAAUGCUACGAAUUGCGCCUCUGGAAAUUCCAUCGAAUGCCUUCGAGCCGUUCCAGCCCAAGACCUGAAGAAACUCGCCAUAAAGGGUAGUUUGGUCUUUGGCCCCGUCCGCGACGAUUUCACGUUAGCAAAAAAGCCUCGCCAGAGGCGCCUCAAUUCCGUCAAGAAUGAAACUUCGAUCGCUCGAGUCCCGGUUCUCAUUGGAAGCAACGGCGACGAAGCCAUGACAACGAUCAUCGGACAGAACGAUCCAAAGAAAUAUCUCCAGCCCGUCAUCGGCAAUUAUACUGACCUGCUUCUUUCCAAAUACCCCCUUGGAUCACCAGGAGCACACACUCAGCACGAGCGACUGUCGCUCAUCAUCACGGAAUUUCAAAUACAAUGCGUGUCCGCAGCGUACGCGAACGAGAGUGCUUUCGCCGGAAUCCCCACCUGGAGAUACCUGUUCAAUGCAAGCUUUCCCAAUAACGAGAGGGGAUAUGGCGCUUAUCAUACUUCCGAAAUUCCCUUUGUCUUUGGCACAUACCCGCAAGCAAACAAGACUCAGUUUGAGGAAGAUGUCAGCAAAUCAAUGCAAAAGGCUUGGGCGGAUUUUGCCAAAGAUCCUUACAAAGGACCGGGCUGGGCGAGGGAGCCGGCUAUUGGGAUUUUCGGAGACGGUGUCAAGGCUGGUAUGAGCGUCGAGGGAAAGAAGCCUUUGAGGACUGUUCCGUCGAAGAAGGUGGAUUUCCGAUGCCCGCUUUAUCUACCCCUUUACACCUAG